ACACCACCAAAAGUCUAAUUAAUCCCCUCUAACUUCUUCUUCUCAUUAUAAUUAACGAAAUUAAUGGCAUCUCCCAAAAUUUCCAAGGCAUCCAAAUGGUUCAACAACAGCAGCAAGAGCUUCAAAAUAAGCUUCCAUCGACUCCGAUCAAUGUCUAGCUUAAGACAAAGCACUCGAUCUCUCACAACAUCGCCUGAGUCCCCACCACCUACACCUAAGACAACGACGAGGGAAGAUGAGCUCAAAGAAGUGUUUCGCCGUUUCGACAGUGAUGGAGAUGGCAAAAUUUCCGCCCUUGAACUUAGGGCUUUCUUCGCAUCCGUAGGAGAGUACAUGUCACACGAGGACGCUCAGGGUGUUAUCGAGGAGCUUGACACGGACGGGGAUGACAUGUUGGACUUUGAUGAUUUUUUGAGGCUGAUGAAGAGAGAAUCGAAUAAUGAAGAAGAUCUGAAGAAGGCGUUUGAGAUGUUUGAGUUGGAGAAGGGUGAUGGAUGCAUAACUCCAAGAGGGUUGCAGAGGAUGCUGCAACGCCUAGGGGAUCCAAAGUCUUACGAUGAGUGUGUGGCUAUGAUUCAGGUAUAUGAUACGGAUGGAAACGGAGUCCUUGAUUUUCAUGAGUUCAAUCAGAUGAUGGCUUGAUUUUCGUGCGUACGUAACGUAUGUACAUCCUGUUUUGUAAGUAAUUUAAUUUCUUGAAUUCGUGUGGUGAAACUCAUGUUGUGGGAAGGAAUUUGCAUGAGUACGGAGAAAGAAAAUAUAUCCAUCUCUCAAUUAACUAUAAUCUUUAUCCCAGGCAAGUUUAUUUGGUGUUGUAAUAAAGUAUGAUGGAAAUCAGAGGAUAAGUAUAUUUAUAAACAUAAUGGUGCGUGACAACCAUCUGUCUUGGAAUCUCGUAUAAUAUAGAUCUGCGAAUGAAGUACGAGGGGUGUCUUUUGUUGUUUUCCUUUCAUGAUGAAAGAAAAUAUAUGGUGGGGUUUGUUUGAUUAUUUUGUAAAUUGUUGCUAUAGUAUUCUCCUUUUCAU